CUCGGAAGAAGAUGCAAUGGCUGUCGUGGUACAGAUUUUGAGUGUGGUUACCUACUGUUAUCUCCAAGGUGUAGUUCACCGUGACCUCAAGCCUGAGCCGGGAAUGGUAACAACUGAUCUUCUGUUGUCUGGAGCUUCUACAAAGCAGGCCAAGUUUUUCAUUAAUGUUUUGGUAGAACCGGCAGAAGUGGUAGCAGAGUAUCUCGUCCCAAACAUCAGAUCUGUCCCUGCCAAUGGAUUGAGCAAGCCCAUUUACAUUCGAUUCCUUACUGGCUUGAAAGCAUACUCGCAGAUAUUCUCAGUUAAGUGGAAAAAAAAAAUGAAAAGAACUUUUGAUUCUUGGUUUUCUAUAUUUAAAUUGUGGUUAUUAAUCCUUUUGUUUUUUGGCCGUAUUGUGUAGAGAUUUGCUUUUGGUGCUAGGCGGAAUCGAUGUCUGCUUGAAGAUUGAUGAGGAUCAGAGGUCUAAUAUGUCCAUACAGCAUAUUUUCUUUCACAUAAAAUUUGCUGCUCUCUCUCUCUCUCUCUCUAGCUUUUGUGGUCAAGAUUUGCAUUAAAUCAUUGGCCUAGUUGUUUCUAUACAUGUGUAGCAAACUCAAUUGUUUUGGAGACCGUCUCUACAAUGCCUUACAAUUAUUUGCUUAUUACUGUGCUAACCAAGAUUCUAGAAAAUUGAUGUAGAAGUUCUGUUGAAAUUAUAUUUUUCUGCUUGUCGUGUUGAAUUUGUUAUUU